AUGUCGUUGGACAUCACACAAGAACGGAAAGAUAAAGCCUGUUCAGGCAUAAGUUCCUUGCUGAAGGACAGAAAUCCCUCCUUGAGAGAUAGGCUAAAAGUGUUAGGUUUCUUGGCAUCAAUGCAUUCAAUUAUGUCCAGAGAUCUAACUAAGAAAAAAAUCGUUCAUCUGGAGGAGCGCGAAGAAUUGAAGGAUUGGCUCUGCUUUCUACGCCGCAGCAAGACCCCUUUGCAUAUUUGGUGCAAACCUUUUCGGGACUUCUUCAUUAUUUCCACAGACGCUUCAGAAUCGGGAGUAGGGGCCGUUUUUCACACUUCCACGGGAAGGAACAGGGUCAGUUCUAGUACAUUACCAUGCCAUCUUCUAGCGGCAUCUAGCACUGCUCGCGAGUUAUUUGGGUUCCUUUAUGCUCUUAAAGCAUUCAGCGCUUUCAUAUAUAGUGAAAAAGUUCAGAUUCAGACGGACAGCCAAACGGCGCAAGCAAUUUGGGAAACCACAGAGCGGCUCAGUAUACACUUAGAAGUGUUUUGGAUACCCAGAGAGCUCAACCAGGAGGCAGACAAAGCGUCCAGGGUCGUAGAUUUGGACAGCUGGUCCAUUUUAGACUCCAUAUACGAAAAACUUUACGAGAUCUGGGGCCCGUUUGAGGCUGACUUGUUUGCUAGUGCGGAGAACAAGAAAUAUGGUUCAGCGAAGGUUGCGCAGCCGUCGACGCGUUUAGCGAUUCCGCAGAGAAAUUCUGGUCCCGGUGUUCUUGCUGGUCCAAAAUGGAAAGCCUGGUCGGAGACGAUUCAAUCUGCCAGAAACGCAGGAAGGGAGGAGUUGGCCCAAAUAAUAGGCACUUCGGCAAACAAAUCUCUAGCGCCAGGAACAAUUGCAGCCUACUCCUCUAUGAGGAGACGUUUCGACGAGUUCACUACCACACUCGCCAUUGAAAAGACGCACUUAGGAAAACUUCGGAACCUUUUCUUGGCCCAUCUUAUCAACCAGAACCAGCUCAAAAUUCUCUCCACAGCGGUCGCCUCUCUGAAUUUCUUCUAUGGCCACUUGGAAGACGGAGAAGCGGAAUUGCAGAAGCUUCUGAUGGAUUCUGCUAAGAAGGAGGCCCCCGCUGUGAUGCACAAGGAGAAGGCCUCCGAAGAGGACGUCGAUAAGAUGGUCGAAUGGGCCCUGAACAUGAAUACAGCCAAAGCAACAGAAGACUGUUGCAUUAUUUUGCUUUCGUACUUAGCCUUCCUGCGGAUAAGUGAAACGGCGGCGGUUCGUAAGGAGCACCUGCAGGCAAAAGGCGGCGAUAUUUGGUGGCUGCUCAUUCCAAAAUCCAAAACAGACCAGAGCAAAAGAGGUACGGAAGUGGCUUUCAAAGUGCAAGGGAGACGCGCAGUUCUUUGGAACAAGUUCGUCGCGCUGAUAGCCGACAAAUCCCCCCACCAAUUCAUUUUUUCACCAAAGUUUGCACAUCAACCGUCCACCGAUUCUCUACGAAAACGUAUAGACAAUGUCCUCCAAGGAGCGGGGUUGCUUCAUAAGGGCUUUACAUCGCAUUCCUUCCGAGGAGGUGCAGCAGCAGCCGCUCUGAGAAGAGGAGUUAGCUAUGAGGACAUAAGAAGAGUGGGA